AUGAUUGUACUCUUAAUGAUGGUGCCUUCUUCGUUACUUUUGAAUUUGGUUAUUGAAUUAAUUAGACACGAGUCCUGUGCACCAAAUGAGUGUAUGCCCCAAGCAGAUACCAUCAUUUUUGGGUGCAUUCACUGUUCAGAAUCAAUUUCUUUCUGUAAAGUUUUGCGUCCCCUCCCACAAAAUUUACCUCUUGUAAAAUACACAAUUGCGUGGCUGCGUGCAUGGGAUUUGGUAUCUUGCAUCAUUGGCAAUCCUACAAGUACAGACAUGGACACUCAGGAAGAGAGUCCCGUGUUUGGGUCCUUGACAGCCAUGAGUACAAGGAAUAUGUCAUCAUCGUCUUCUGUUUUCUUUUCAGCAAACCAGUCACCCUUUUUCUCUCCAAGAUCACCAUCAUCAUGUCAAUUAUCAGAGUCAGCCAGGCUUGAUGCGCCAAGUAACAUAAUUCAUUUGGGUAUGGCUCCCUCAUGCACCACUUUAGAGAUUCCAGAACCAAAUUCACUAGUAAAUGUUAGAUGUACCAUCUCAGAUGUAUAUGCAUCUCCCUCUGGAUAUAAUUCAGGUGAUUUGGAGAAAAUUGAUCGUAAAUCUUCCUCAGUUGGCAUCUCAAGUAGCAGCAUAUCUAGUUACACGAAUUGCCAUCAUGAUGGUUAUUCUGGACUGAAAGAAAAGCGAAUAAAGAAAGACAGAAACCAUAGAACAUCCUCAACUCCCGGUUCCACAUCAUUUUCUUCUUUUAGGCUGAGGAGUUGUGAUGUUUUCAUAGGAAUGCAUGGAAGCAAACCUCUUUUAUUACGAUUUGCUAAAUGGCUGUCUGCUGAGUUGGAAAUUCAAGGCAUCAGUUGCUUUGUUUCGGACAGGGCUAGAAGUAGGAGCUCCCGCAAACUUGGCAUUGCAGAGAGAGCUAUGGAUGCUGCUUCUUUUGGUAUAGUAAUUAUAACGAAGAAGUGUUUCAAGAACCAAUACACCAUUGAGGAGCUGAAUUUUUUCUGUAGGAAGAAGAAUUUGGUCCCAAUAUACUUUGAUUUGAGUCCAGCUGAUUGUCUUGUCAGGGAUAUAAUUGAAAAGAGGGGUGAGCUGUGGGAAAAACAUGGAGGGGAACUUUGGCUUUCGUAUGAAGGGUUGGAGCAAGAGUGGAAAGAUGCCGUGCAUGGCCUUUCUCGGGUUGAUGAGUGCAAAUUGGAAGCUCAGGAUGGCAACUGGAGAGAUUGCAUAUUGGGGGCUGUUACAUUAUUAGCAAUGAGGUUAGGAAGGAGAAGCGUUGCAGAACGUGUAACAAAGUGGAAAGAAAAAAUAGAAAAAGAGGAGUUUCCUUUCGUUAGAAAUGAGAAUUUUAUUGGCAGGAAGAAAGAGCUUUCACAGUUGGAAUUUAUACUUUUUGGUGAUGUCACAGGAGAUGCAGAACAAGACUUUAUUGAAUUCAAGGCCAGGCCCAGGAGAAAGAGUGUGAGAAUUGGUUGGGGCAAGAGCAACGUGAUAGAUGAAAGAUGGAUGGAAAGGCACAUGGGAAACGACACCAGGAAGGAAAAAGAGUCAGUUGUGUGGAAGGAGUCAGAAAAAGAAAUUGAAAUGCAAGGUAUUGAAUUUUCUCACAGGCACAACCAUCCAAGGCUCAAGCGGGGAAAGUAUAAUAAGAGGAAAAAUGGAAUGACGAUUUUGUAUGGGAAAGGGGUUGCUUGUGUUUCUGGGGAUUCAGGAAUUGGAAAAACGGAACUUAUUCUUGAAUUUGCAUACAGAUUUCAUCAGAAAUACAAGAUGGUUUUAUGGAUAGGAGGGGAGAGCAGAUACAUAAGGCAAAAUUAUCUAAAUAUCAGAUCAUUUUUAGAAGUUGACGUGGGAGUUGAGAGUAGUUUGGAGAAAACAAAAAUAAGAAGCUUUGAAGAGCAGGAAGUGGCUGCAAUUUCUAGAGUUCGCAGAGAACUGAUGAGAAACAUUCCAUAUCUUGUGAUCAUUGAUAACUUGGAAAGUGAAAAGGAUUGGUGGGAUCACAAACUUGUCAUGGAUCUUCUCCCUCGUUUUGGGGGAGAAACCCAUGUUAUUGUAUCAACAUGCCUUCCUCGCAUCAUGAACUUGGAACCUCUGAAACUUUCGUACUUAUCUGGCGUUGAGGCAAUGUCUUUAAUGGUAGGUAGCGGCAAGGACUAUUCGGUUGCAGAGGUUGAUGCCCUGAGAAGUAUCGAGGAGAAAGUUGGAAGGUUAACUCUGGGCCUUGCCAUUAUCAGUGCAAUUUUGUCUGAACUACCCAUAACACCGAGCAGGCUCCUAGAUACCAUAAAUAGAAUGCCUUUGAAGGAGAUGACAUGGAGUGGUAAAGAAGCUCACUCGUUCAGGAAGAACGCUUUCCUUCUUCAACUCUUUGACGUUUGUUUCUCCAUAUUUGAUCAUGCAGAUUGUCCAAGAAGCUUGGCCACCAGAAUGGUGCUGGUAAGUGGAUGGUUUGCACCUGGUGCUAUUCCUGUUUCCUUAUUGGCACUUGCUGCUCAGAAGGUGCCAGAAAGAUGUCAGGGAAAGUGUUUCUGGAGCAAAAUGCUGCAAUUAUUAUCAUGUGGAUUCCCAUCCUCUUACGCCAAAAAACCAGAAUUAGAGGCAUCUUCUUUAUUGCUGAGGUUUAAUAUUGCAAGAAAUAGUACCAAGCAAGGCUACAUCCAUAUCAAUGAGGUCUUCAAACUGUAUGCUCGGAAAAGAGAAAACAUUAGAGCUGCACAAGCAAUGAUUCAAGCUAUCAUCAGUCACGGGUCAAUAUCACAAAAUCUGGAACAUUUAUGGGCUGCAUGCUUUCUGCUGUUUGGAUUUGGUCAUGAUCCUGUGGUUGUUGAGCUCAAGGUGUCUGAGCUUUUGUAUCUUGUCAAAAGAGUGGUUCUGCCUCUAGCAAUUCACACAUUCAUUACAUAUUCGCGAUGCAGUGCUGCUCUUGAGCUUCUGCGUCUGUGCACCAAUGCAUUGGAAGCUGCAGACCAAGCAUUUGUUACCCCUGUUGACAAGUGGUUAGACAAAUCACUUUGCUGGAGAUCCAUCAAGACUAAUGCUGAGUUGAAUCCUUGCCUUUGGCAAGAGUUAGCAUUGACUAGAGCCACUGUUCUCGAGACUAGGGCCAAGCUAAUGCUAAGAGGUGCUCAAUUUGACAUAGGGGAUGAUCUGAUAAGGAAGGCUGUUUUUAUUAGGACUUCAAUUUGUGGUGAAGAUCAUCCAGAUACCAUAUCAGCUCGUGAAACAUUGAGCAAACUUACCAGGCUUAAUGCAAAUGUCCAAAUUCACACUUCAACUUAG